AUGCGUAGAGUACGUCGACCGUUUCCUAAUACGCAUUCCAUAAAUCCGCAUAUCCAUGAUGGAAGUACUCCACAUAAUCAUCACUCAUCUGUCAGUCGAUUAGACGAAGAACAACAUACUAAUCUUCAUCAUCACCAUCAUCAUUAUCAUCAACAGCAUCAGCAUACAAAUGAAUCGAAUUCAUCAACUACACCUGUCAAUAAUUCAAUUAUAUCUGAUCAAUCAAAUGAAUUUACUAUGCAAAAUUCAACUAUGUCAUAUACAGAUGAAUCAUAUUUAAAUUUAUUGAAUACAUUGAAUGACUAUACUACUGAUAACUCAAACGAAUAUAAAUAUACACGUGUUAUAAAGGCAAUACGUGAAGUAAUCUCUUGUUGUGCAUGCUAUACAAGUGAUACAUUAAUGAAAGAGUGUAUGAAUGGACAUUUAAUAUGCCAAAAUUGUUUUUUAACACUAAGACAAGAUGAAAGACCACAAUGUCCAACGUGCAGAGCUAAUUUAUACUCAGAUACGCGACGUGCAUUAAUUGCACAAAAGGUUUUAUCUGAAUUACCAGAUACUUGUAGUGAUUGUAAAACACCAAUGUUACAUAAAUCUUUAACAAAUCAUCGUCUUAAUUUAUGUCCAAAACGACGUGUUGCUUGUGGUUUAUCACCGUUUGGUUGUGACUGGAUUGGUAGUGCUGAACAGUAUCAUCAAAAUCAUCAAAAUGAAUGUAUGAUGCGUAAACGGUUGUUAGAACAACCGAUAGGCGAUCAUCUAGAUACAUUAUUAAAUAGUUUUCACAUUAGAGAACAAUCAAUGCGUGAAACAUUUCAGUGCUUUUCAACUGUAUUACAUCAUUUAGAAGCACAUGAAUUACAAACUAUUUCAGUUACACUAUCUAGUAUUAAUGUAAAUGAAACAGACAUAUUGUAUCGUAGUGACAAUUUUCAUUUAAACCAGUCAAGAUGGACUGUGGAAGCUUUAGUUAAAUUCACACCAGAACAAACACCAUCUAAUCAUCAUGAUAAUAUCAGUCAACCAUAUACAUCAGAACAAUCUACAAUUCAAACUGAUUUAACAACAAGUAACCUAAGUUUGCCUUCAACAAAUAUUGAACAGAAUGAAUGUUCAAUAGAUGAAGUUACAGAUCAUAAUCAUCAUCAUCAACAACAACAAUCUCUUACACCAUCAGCAAUACGACGACGUAGAAAUCAUUCUUGUGUCUUUUCAAGACAUCAUCCAUAUCAAAGAUCAUUCAGUGGUACACAAAAUCAUUCCUUUACAUGUACAGAAAAUCUUGAACAAUCUAAUAUACCAAUAUAUGAACAUAUGAUAUCUCCUCGUGUAUCACCUAUAUCAACUCCUAAUUGGAAUGGUGAUAUCACUUUUCGUUUAAUUAAAGAAAACAGUCCUGGAAUAGGACGUAAAGUAUUCUCUUUUGUAUUCCUACAGCUGAGAGUACCUGAGUCUGGUGUGCAUAUAUAUGCUAGACCUCAACUUCAUACAUACCGUUUUAAUAUACGCGGAGAACAUACACCUUACUAUAAGAUACUUCCAAUUCGCUGGAGAUAUAUUAAUGAUUUACGAGAAAUGAUUAAAUAUCGUCUAAUUCAAGUGGAAAUCAUUAUCGCUAGACGCAUUGCUGAAGAACAUUCAGAUAAUUAA